UUGACAUUGUAGAGCUGACAGAGAAGCCACACAUGUUGUAUGUCAGGUAAGUCUCAGUUACAUGACGUAUGUAUUUUCCUGUUGGAGUGUCCCAACUGGUCAAAUGUUGAAUACAGGUUUCCUCUAGUUCACGAGCAGGAGCACCCCGGGGAAUCCCUCUGUGAUUGUUCUUGGGUGAAAGCUCAGUUAUGUUCUACAUGAAUGGAGCCAAACAGAAGCUCAGGGGCAGACAGGUGCUGGGUGCCGUCCCAGACUAUGGGGCUGAGAGAACCACCGGGGCCAGAGGCAGGGCCGGGAGCCAGAGGAGCUUUCUUAAGCAUAUCAGAGGUUUUAAAAUGGGGGAACCAGAUCUCGCAGGAGGCUGCAACAUAUUUUUUUUUGUUUGGUUAGGGGAAAGGGGACUGCAGGGUGAUUUAUGAGCUAGGUAAAAAAACAAGAUGCAACAACCUGAACAAUGAAAAUGCUGACAACUACUCUGUCAAUGUAACCAUAUUAUAUUGAACAGAAUAACCAUAGCUGGUAGAUACGGUAAAUUCUUUUUACUAAAGCUACUUUAAUGUAAUCUUGCUUCUGAGCUACUCAGUUGUGUGGGAGAUGAGUUACAUUAUCAUGCAAUGAAAACCAUGAAUUAGUUUAUAUCAUCAUUUGAAAAAUUUGAGCUCAAACGUCUACUUGCUACCGUUUCCUGAUCUUUCAAACAUUUUGCAGUUGAAAGACCCUGCAAAAGCCAGUCAGCUUAGACUACUCGGUUGCACUGUUACUGCUCUGCAUGCUCAAAUCAUGACGAUAAACAACUCUGUCUCCAAGAAAUUACGUUAUGCAUUUAUGCAAUAGCAAUUUUUUUGUUGAGAGAAACAUAAUGCCACCUGAAUUGUUUUUUUUAAACAACAUAAUGUGGAAUUAAACGGAUCUGCAAAGAAACAAAAUGUUCAUACUCAACGUAGCUCAUAUGUUCACUGUCAACUUAUUCUGUUUGUUUUUCUGACAGUAUCUGCAAUACAACACAAUAUAUCUACUCAUAGUAAGCAAGUAAGGGGUGAUAUUGAUUUUUAUGGUUUGGUUACAGUCAUAGAAAGAUUGUGGUUUAAUAUUGAGGAGUCAACAGUGAGUUCAACAUAAGGCAGGAAGUAUAUGUAUAUAUCUGGAAUUACAUUAAACCAAAACCACAUUUUUUCCUUAUUUCAACCAAAGUGCUCUUGUUGCCUAAUCCCAACCACACACUGGACUCAGGAUGCCAACCCCUUUCUCUGGAAUUAAAGUUUUUUUCUUGGGAAACGUAUUUGAUAAAACAAAUUAGUAGAACCGGUAUAGGUAUAUACGCAACUUCUAGAAGACAGAGUUGCCAAAAAUUUGCAUUUGGAAAGUACAGCACUGCGCUGUUUUCAAAGGUGCUGUAAUUGGGGAAAUUGCCCAUAAACACAAAACAUCUGAACUUAAAAGCUUUUUAUGUCUUAAUCCGCCCACCCCACCCCCAUGACAUUUCAUUGUAUUUUCCAGCAUUUUCACUGUAAGAUAAUUGCUACCAUAAAGUAGCUGAUUAAAGUUAAUGUAUCAUUAAGUAUCAUUAUUUAGCAUCAGUAGCAGUGAUACAUGCCUGUGCACACGUCUUUCAUACCUCACUGGCUGACUCAGGUCUCUGACACUCAAGGACUUUAUCGAGGCACAGUUUUACCAGGCCACUGUCUAUCUGAUUUUAUCAGGUGUCUCUCUUUCUCUUUAAUCUGACUUUAAUAGCUCUGCUCACUGUUAAUUAGGUAUCCAUGUCCUUAUCGGAGCGACCAAAUUACUCUUUAUCAGGUCUCUGCCUCUCCUUUCCUCCUCUCCUGAAUGUUUUUUAAGUAAUCUGUCGGUCUUCUCUUUCUGCUUCUUCAGCAUGUCUCCCUCAUUCAAUGUAUCCUCUCCUACUAGUUCCUUUAUGCACUCCUUGAUGGAUGUUUUUCACCCUGGAUAUGAGUGAACACAGCUUACCACCCCUCAAAAACACAGUCUACCUCUGUUCAGACUGGACACAACUUUAUCCUUCAUCUGAUUAGGUUUGACCUGUAUGAGGUGGUCACUAUUACUGGUGAUGUAAAGGGAGCUGGGACAGACGCUAAUGUGUUUGUCACCCUUUUUGGAGACUUUGGCAUCACGCCCAAGGUUCACCUGGCAAGCAACACAGAAAAGAGAGGCAAAUGAAAGAAGACCACGAUGUCAUUUCUGUGGAUGAUCAAAUGACUCUCAGGGGAGCUUAUCAGCAGUUGGCUCCCUUUAUCUCUGCACACAUUGAUUGAUAGGGUUACCUGUGCAGUAUAUAGGAUGUACCAACGUAUUGUAAGCCACACUGGACCAUGUCACCCACACCUGGCGGUGGUCUCAUUCAUCCACUUUAGACAACAUCAACAUGCCAUGUAUUCAGUAUCGCCAUGCUGUGUGGCCAUAGUGUUGCUCAGCAGGUGAAAUAGCAUACAGUACAUGGAUGUUGAUGAGUCACUUGAUGAGUCAUAUAAUAAACUAUUGCAAAGUAAGGAGUUUCACCUUACUCCAAUAUAUAUUAGGUCCUGCCUGUAUUGUGUAAUGAUCGAUAAAAACUUUAUAACAUGAUACAGGUAAGGGAGUUUUUUUUUUUUUAUGUCUCCAAGCAUAUUUGCCCCGAUUGAACAAUCGCAGCAGAUUAAAAAUGCAACUCGUUGGAAAUUCAUUGUGAUUAUAACAAAUUCAAAUUGCAUGAAUUCCAAAGUUUGCAUUGGCUUUGCUUUUGCACAUAAUCAAUGUCUCCCCAUCAUUGUCUUACAGGUGAUUUUACAUGGAAACAGAGAACGAGUUUUUUGACAGUAUAUGACACCGUGCACUUUAAUUAUUCGAGCCCUGGCAUUGUCUGUGGGUUGAAUAUCACAGGGAGAUGAGCACAGAUGGAGAUGUGGGUCAGAGACAAAGGCAGGUAUUCUCUGUUAAUGGAAAAGAGGGUGUCUGAUUCACCGUGGUUGGCAGAGGGGGUCCGCUGUGCACACAGGCUGAGCUCGGCUCUGUGAGGGGUAAAGGUACAUGAGGAGGAGGGAGCGUUGAAGUGGCCAAGCCUCAGGAGAGUUUCAGAUUAUACAACUGCCACGAGACCACCAGUGUUCCCUAAGGCGAAUCAGUCAGGAGAUGUAAUUUAUGUUCCAGAGUUCAGUUCUGUCUGUCUGGACUGUUUCUUCAUCUCCUAUAAUCUCUGUGACUCAAAUAGAGCAUCUCUCUCUUUCUCUGUCACACACACACACACACACACACACACACACACACACACACACACACACACACACACACACACACAAAGUUAUCUUUCUCCCAAAUUCUGACGUUUUCCAUGUUUCCUCAAUUAACAGAAGCCGAACUGCAUUUGAGAAGAACAAGACGGAUGUUUUCCGUAUCAAAACACACAACGUUGGGCCUCUGAAGAAGCUGAGGAUUGAGCACGACAACACGGGGAUGAACGCCAGCUGGUUCUUGGACAGGGUGAUGGUGACCGACAUGAACCGGCCCCAUCUGCGCUUCUAUUUCGCCUGCAACAACUGGCUGAGUCGGGAGGAGGCUGACAACCUGUUUGUCAGGGACCUGCUGGGCAGCAUGAACCCCAUGGACGUCCCAAAAUUAAAUAAAUACAUAGUAAGUGUGUUCACUGCUGACAUGAAGGGAAGUGGAACUGAUGCUGAUGUCUUCCUAAACAUCUUUGGAGAGAAUGGUGACACAGGAGAGAGACGACUGGACAGUGACAAAGACAACUUUGAACGCGGGUCAGAGGACAAGUUUACGAUAGAGGCGCCAAACCUGGGAAAGCUGAGGAAAAUCACCAUUGGCCACAACAACAGAGGAUCAUCAGCUGGAUGGUUUCUAGAUAAGGUAGUGAUUGAUGACAUGGGGAAUAAAGAGUUGUAUGAGUUUCCAGUUAAUCGCUGGUUUGCCAUGGAUGAAUGCGAUGGCAAAAUACAGAGAGAUGUGUUGGUUGGAUCCGUGCAACCAAUGGCAAUCGUAUACAAUGUACAAGUGAUGACUGGAGAUGUGAGGGGUGCGGGCACCAACUCGAAGAUCCACAUGGUCAUGCACGGCUCCAAGGGCUUAAAGAACAGCGGCAAAGUCUUCCUGGAGGGUGGUGCCUUCGAGCGUGGUCUCAUUGACAUUUUCAACGUGGAGAUUUGUGAACUGAUCAGCCCACUCAGCAGGGUCACCAUUGGGCACGACAACGGGGCUGUUGGUGCUGGAUGGUACUGUGAAAAGGUGGUAAUAUAUUGUCCGUUCACGGGCAUUGAGCAGACAUUUCCGUGCGGCAAGUGGCUGGACGAGGACGAGGGGGACGGACUGAUUGAGAGGGAGCUGUACGAGAUGGUCUCUCUCAGGCAGAAAAAACAGAAGAAGUACCCAUGGUCCCUGUGGAUUUGGACAUCGGAUGUAAAGGGGGCAGGGACAGAUGCCCAGGUGUUUCUGCAGAUCUAUGGAGAAAAGGGCAAGUCUGAUGAGAUCAAACUGGAAAACAACUCAGACAGUUUUGAACAGGGCCAGCUUGAUAAAUUCAUGAUUGAAAUGCCAGACAUUGGAAGGCUGCUGAAAGUGCGCAUCUGGCAUGAGAAGAGAUCUCCAUUCGCUGGCUGGCAUUUAGCGAAGGUCACUUUGCUCAAAACCCUGACAAUGGAGAAAUAUUCUUUUGAAUGUGGCCGUUGGCUGGACAUCAAUGAAGACGACAAUGAGAUCGUCAGAGAGCUUCAAGCUACCGGAGCACUCAUCACUGAGCCGCUGCCUUUGAUAAAGUAUCGAGUCACCAUCUGCACUGGCAACGUCAGUGGCAGUGGCACCGAUGCCAGCGUCUUCCUCAAUAUUAUCGGUGACCUGGGUGACACAGGGGAGCGACUCAUGUUUAUGAGCAAAAACAAUGUCAACAAAUUUGAAAAGGGCAAUCACGAUGAGUUUCUCAUUGAGUCCGUGUCCUUGGGCCGGGUGCGCAGAGUGCGUGUUGGUCAUGAUGGCCGCGGUGGAGGCUGCGGUUGGUUCCUUGAUAAGGUGAUGGUCAGAGAAGAGGGCCAGCCAGAGAGUUUGGCCAUUGAGUUCCCAUGUUUCAGAUGGUUGGACCGUAAUGAAGAUGAUGGACAGAUUGUCCGCGAGUUAGUCCCAGCUGGAGAUGGCCUGCGUCUCUUUAAUGUCAGCUACCACUUUGCAAUCAAGACAGGCAGUGUAAAUGGGGCCAGCUCAGACUCCAGGGUGUUUGUCAAGCUGUAUGGGGAGAAGGGUGAUACUAACAAGACGAUACUGGCAGUUUCCGACAACGACCUCAGGAACUACUACGAGACGGGACAAACUGACAUCUUUACAAUCGAAACCUUUGACAUCGGAAAGAUCAACCGUCUCCUGAUUGGUCACACUAAUGAGGGCUUGCGGGCUGGCUGGUUUCUGGACAGUGUGCAGAUCUCUGUGCCAGUUCAUGGGAUGCAGUACAUGUUCCCAAGCCACCGCUGGCUCUGCAAAGACGAGGCUGACGGGAAAGUGGAGGUUGAGAUCUAUCCCAGUGAGAUCUUGGACAUCGAACAAUUGAUCAACUAUGAAGUAACAGUGGUCACAGGGGAUGUGCGUGCAGGUGGUACCAAUGCCAAUGUCUUCUGUCAGAUCUACGGAGAUGAAGGAAAAACUGAAGUUCUCGCUCUCAAGAGUCGCUCCAACAAUUUUGAACGUGGCACCACUGAGAUUUUCAGGAUUGAGGCUCAGGAUGUCGGUAAGAUCUACAAGAUAUGUCUCUACCAUGACGGGAAGGGUAUCGGAGAUGGCUGGUUCCUGGAGACGGUGGACAUAAAGCGGCUGACAAUGGCUAUGGUGCUGGUUGAGGUGAAGAAGGAGGAAACCAAGAAAGAAAAGAAGAAGGACAAGAAAAAGAAGAAGAAAGAAGAGGAGGAGGAGGUAGAGAUGGUUGAGGAGCUGCAGGAAGUGGUGGAGGCAUUUACUUUCCCCUGUAACCGAUGGCUGGCCAGGGAUGAGGAGGAUGGGGAGAUUGUGGUUGAGCUGCUGACUGAGGACAGUGAAGACCUGGAGAUGAACUCAUAUGAAGUUCAUGUGUUCACUGGGACAAUGUGGGGGGCGGGGACUGAUGCCAAUGUUUACAUAAACAUCUAUGGAGAGAUUGGCGACACUGGGGAGCGACGGCUCAGGAAGGCAAACAACCUGAACAAAUUUGAGAAAGGCCAGGAAGACAUUUUCAACAUCACAGCGGUCGACUUAGGGAUCCUGAAGAAGCUGAGGAUCCGACAUGACAACAGUCAGGCCAGUGCCGGCUGGUUUCUGGACAGAGUGGAAAUUGUAGACAACAAAGAUGACACCACGUACUUUUUCCCUUGUAAACGCUGGCUGGCUACUGAUGAGGAUGAUGGACAGCUUGCCAGGGAGCUCGUUCCUGUGGACGAAGCCUUUAUGAAGAGAGGGGAUGAUGAUGAUGAGGAAGACUCUGAAGCCACACUUGGUCUGGAACAGAAAGCCAUGUCAACAACAUACACAGUGAGGAUAAAAACUGGUGACAAAAAGUAUGCAGGAACUGAUGCUAAUGUCUUUAUCAUCCUGUACGGCACCAAGGAUGACACAGGGAUAAUUAACCUGAAGGCUUCAAAGACUCAUAGGAAUAAGUUUGAGCGGGGUAUGAUCGACGAGUUUAUUGUGGAAGCGGUGGACAUUGGACCACUGAAGAAGCUGCGUGUUGGACAUGACAACUGUGGCAGAGGAUCAGCAGGCUGGUUCCUUGACUGGGUGGAGAUUGAUGCCCCGUCUCUUGGACAGAAACUGCGCUUCCCCUGCGGCCGUUGGUUGGAUAAAGGGGAGGAUGACGGGGCCAUCGUCAGGGACAUUUUCCCAAAUCCUCUUCAGACGGAACUUUACACACCAUUUGUUCCUUAUGAAAUUAAAAUCUUCACGAGUGACUUGUUUGGAGCCGGCACAGAUGCAGAUGUCUUCAUUGUCCUGUACGGGCGAAACGCAGUGUGCACCCAGCAGAAGUCUCUGUGUGUCAACAAGAGGGAGAGGAUAAUGUACUUUGAGAGAGGAGCUGAGGACAUGUUUAUUGUUGAGCUUGAAGAUGUGGGGGAUUUAAUUGAAAAGAUCCGGAUUGGCCAUGACAACCGUGGGGUCAACCCAGGCUGGCAUCUGGACAGAGUGGAGAUCAGACGUCUGCUCAGGAAGGGAAAGGGUUCAGAGACUAUCAUAUUCCCAUGUGAGCGCUGGCUCGCCAAGUCGGAGGAUGAUGGUGAAACAGUGAGAGAGCUGGUGCCCUCUGACAUCAUCACUGAGAAACUUUCACGAGACGGAAGCCUGAAAGUCACCGAAGUCGAGGUGGAAGAUGCCCUGGAGACUCACACAUACAACGUGUCAGUGAUGACAGGUGAUGUGAAUGGAGGCGGCACCGAUGCCAACGUCUUUCUCACGAUUUACGGGGAGCUUGGGGACACCGGGGAGAGGAAACUCAGCAAGUCGGAGACAAACAGCAACAAGUUUGAACGGGGAUCUGUGGAUAAAUUCACUAUUGAGGCCGUUGACCUCGGACAGGUUUUCAAGAUAAAAAUUAGGCAUGAUAACAGUAUGAUGUGUUCGGACUGGUACUUGGACCAGGUAGAGGUAGUUGACGGGGAUACGGAAGAGGUCUUUCUCUUUUUAUGUGAACGUUGGCUGUCCAGGAAGAGGGAGGACCGACGCACUGAGAGAGUCUUCUAUGUUAAGGGUUAUGAAGGAGUCAGAGAGAGCCUAAACAAUAAAAAGAAGAACUCAGCCCCAACAGUAAAGAGUGUCGACAGUAACAUGAACAAAAAGAGCAAAAAGAAGAAGGAGGAAGAAGAAAUUCAGCUCCCGAUCAUACCAUACCACAUCACCAUCUGUACUGGACUGGAGCGGGAUGCGAGCACCACCAGCAGGGCUUAUGUGAUCAUUAUCGGGGGCAAUCACACCCAGACAGAGAGGCUGUGGCUGGACCUGCCGGACGAGAGGAAGGGCUUUGAGGCCGGCUCUCUGGAGAGCUUUCAGUCCCACGGUUCAGAUGUGGGGGAGAUCAAAAAGGUUGAGCUCGGUCAUGAUGGGGCCACUCCGGAGAGCUGCUGGCUGGUUGAUGAGCUGUCUGUUGCUGUGCCAACCAAAGGGGUCAAAUAUAUCUUUGCUUGCAAGUGCUGGCUGGCCAAAGAUCGGGGAGAUGGUUUGACUGCUAGAGUAUUCAACGUGCUGGAUGCAGAGGCCAUUUCUAUCUCCCAACAGAUUAUUUACGAGGUGACUGUAGUAACGGGAGACGUGCAGAACGCAGGAACAGACACCCUGAUCUUCAUGUCUGUGUUUGGAGCCAAUGGCAGCACAGAGGAGAUGCUGCUGCAGAAGAAUGAGGACAGGUUUGAGCGCGGUCAGGAGGAUACUUUCAACAUGGAGAUUGAUGACAUUGCUCCACUGAAGAAAAUGAGGCUUCGCAUUGAUGGCUCCGGGAGCCGACCUGACUGGUUUCUGGAAAAGGUGAUCAUGCGUAACCUGACCACAGAGGAGGUGUCUUUGUUCACAUAUGAGGAGUGGCUUUCCAGGACCCGUGGACCCAAGAGAACCAUGAUCUGCGAGAUGGCUGCUGUGGUGAACGAGGAGAUGAUGGUGGAGCCCACCACCUAUAUAGUCCAGGUCAAGACCAGUGAUAAUGCAGGGGCAGGCACUGAUGCCAACGUGUGGAUCAUAAUUUUCGGAGAGAAUGGAGACACAGGGACGCUGGCAUUAAAAGAGUGCAACAAGUCCAACAAGUUUGAGCGCAAGCAGGUGGACACAUUUCGCUUCUUGGAUAUCCUCAGCAUGGGAGAGCUCUCCAAAGUGCGAGUCUGGCACGACAACUCAGGUCCUGCUCCAGGAUGGCACUUGGAUUAUAUCGAUGUGAAGGAUGAGAUCAUGGACAAAACAUUUCGUUUCCCCUGUGACCGCUGGCUUGCCAAGAAUGACGAUGAUGGACAGAUCAUGAGAGAACUGGCAUGCGCCAACAACGACUACUUGGACCUCAACGAGAAGACAAAGUACGAAAUCUGCAUCACAACUGGAGAUCCUGAAACCAAAGAAAAUGCCUGGAUUGUACUUGAGGGGAGGAAGGGCCGAUCCAAAGAAUUUGUAAUGGAGAACUCCUCAAAGAAGAAGAGGUUCUUGCGGGGCAAUGUUGACAGGUUUGAGUUUUCGUCCAAGAACCUGGGGGACAUCGCUGGUAUCUGCCUGGGCCACACACCCAAGGAUGGAAAGAAAGUAAAGGGGGAGGUUAACUGGCAUGUGCAGGAAGUCGCCGUCACUGAAAGGGAACUGGGAAACAAGUACAUCUUCAGUUGCAAUGCCCUCGUCCCUCUCUCUCCAAAGAGGGAUGAGUUCUUGACCUUUGAGUGCACAAAGGCCAUCGAGAGCUUCGCCAGUAAAGCUCGAAGCCUGGUGCCCGUCAAGUACGAGAUUAUUGUCAUCACGGGUGAUGAAAAGGGAGCGGGUACAGACGCCAAUGUUUUCAUCACUAUCUACGGCUCCAAUGGAGAUUCGGGCAGCCGGCAACUGCGGCAGAAGUUUCGUAACCUUUUCGAGCGCGGGCGGACGGACCGUUUCCUGCUGGAAAUGCUGGACAUGGGAGAGCUGCAGAAAGUUCGGGUGGAGCACGACAACUCUGGUCUGAGCCCCGGCUGGCUGCUGGAUCGCGUGGAAGUCACCAACACAGCCAAUGGUGUCACCACCAUCUUCCUCUGUGGGAAGUGGCUAGACACCAAGAGGGCUGACGGGCAGAUCGCCAGGGUCUUCUACCCAAAAUACUAGAAAUACUAUUUAUUUAUUUAUCUAUACAAACUCCCAUUGCAGAGAGAUCCCCUCUCAUGUUUAAAAGUAAUGACCAAAGAGAUUCUGCUCUGGCAAGUUUUAUAUCUCAGGAACUGAGGCAGAUUUUUACAUUCUCAGUUUUUUAUUAUAUUUAUUAUUAUAUCAUAUUUAGAUAUUUAAUACUACAGCAAUAUAGCCUGCAAUGAAAUAUUGUGACAAUACCCUCUUAGGGUAGGAAACUGAAUGUGCCAUUCUUUUUAGGUUUCAUAUGUCAGGGAUGGUUUGUUUAGUUGUUUUGUUAUAAUUUAGGUUUUAUAAAAUAUUAAACUCUUUUGCAAUACUCAA